AUGGACGCAGUAUGGGUGGCCUGUCCAAGCGCGACAAAUGAUGACUUCCAGGAGUCCAUGUCCGACCGUGUCCGGCGCGUCGCUCUGGACAUGCAGGAGAUCAAGAGCUAUUAUCGCGUCUCCGUUUCGCCGAAAAGGCAGCAAAGAUUGCGCCAAUUCCUCAGCGAUGAGCUCGAUUCCAUUUUCAGACUCAACUUUCACCAGCUGUCCAAGCAGGAUCAAGUAGACUUUUUGCAACUUCGCAACUACCUUGAACGGACCACGCAGCAGCUCCAGGCUGAGCGCGAGCUCAACUCCAAGAUUGAACACAUCUUUCCCUUUUCUGGAAUCAUUGUCGAGCUAUCCGAGGCUCGUGAAGCCGUCAAGCCAAUUGAAAGCUCGUAUGUUGCCGAUCAAGUCAAUGCCGUCAGAGAAUUGGCUGAACAGUCACAAAAAGAUGUCGUCGACGGUAAAAUACGCUCUACGAAGACGGGGGCAUACAAGGCCUCCAAAAUCAUUGCCGAGCUACAGAGGCACCUCGAAGAAAUAGGCAAGUUUUACGGCAGCUAUGAUCCGUCUUUUGAUUGGUGGGUUGCGACACCGCUCAAACACGCAGUAAAGGCGUUGCAGGAAUACAAGGUCACUGUUGAGCGACACCUUGUUGGCAUCGGACCCAAUGGCCAAGACGAAGUCAUUGGCCAGCCAAUUGGUAAAGAUGCGCUCCUUGUCGAGCUCGAGGCUGAGAUGAUUGCGUACAGCCCCGAGGAGCUGCUAGACCUCGCCCACGACGUCUUCCAAUGGUGCGAGGCGCAGAUGAAGACGGCGUCGGACGAGCUCGGGUUCGGCUCCGACUGGAAACGGGCCCUCGACUACGUCAAGACGCAGUCUGUGCCCGCGGGCGAGCAGCCCGCGCUCGUCAAGUCGCUCGCGCUCGAGGGCGCCGAAUUCAUCAAGAAGCACGACCUCGUGACGGUGCCGCGCAUCGCCGACGAGACGUACCGAGCCAGCAUGAUGAGCGCCGAGAUGCAAAAGGUGGCGCCCUUUUUCCUCGGCGGCUCGGGAAUCCUCAUCUCGUACCCGCUCGCGGACAUGGAGCACGCUCUCAAGAAGAUGGUGAUGCGCGGCAACAACCGGCACUUUGCGCGCGCCACCGUCUUCCACGAGCUCGUGCCCGGCCACCGCCUGCAGCACUACUACACGACGCGCCGCCACAGCCACCGCGGCCUGCUCUUCUCGACGCCCUUUUGGGUCGAGGGCUGGGCGCUGUACUGGGAGAUGUUGCUCUGGAACCGCGGCGACUUCUUUCUGUCCCCCGAGGACCGCGUCGGCACCAUGUUCUGGCGCAUGCACCGCUGCGCGCGCAUCGUCUUCUCGCUCAAGUUUCACCUCGGCGAGUGGACGCCCCGGCAGUGCGUCGACCUGCUCGUCGACGGCGUCGGCCACGAGCGCUCCACGGCCGAGGGCGAGGUCCGGCGCUCCUUUGGCGGCGACUAUGCGCCGCUGUACCAGGCCGGCUACCUCCUCGGCGCCUUGCAGUUUGAUGCUCUGCGCAGUGAGGUGCUGCGCGAGGGGCGGCUCUCGGAAAAGCAGUUUCAUGACGGCAUCAUGCGGGGAGGCAUAAUGCCUGUGGAGAUGAUUCGUGCCGUUCUUUUCGAUUUGCCCUUGUCGCCUGAUUAUAAGCCUCAGUGGCGAUUCUACAAGAAAAAAUAA